GGACUUUUGCAUAUCUUGCGUGAUUAUGAGGUGAUUUGUCUUUGUACGUGUGCCUGUAAUCCCCCGUGCGUGCUUCUACUGUAAAAACACAAAUUUGAAUUAUUCCAGGAGCCCCUAAAUCUCACUGAAGGAGGGCCGGUCUGCAGGACUCUGUCGGGGGCGUUUUUGUGUCUCAGGCACACUGUGAGGUCAGACGUCAGGGAGUUUAUAAAGCCGGUUUUCUCUUCCCCUGUGCUCACUAAAGGGAUUUUUCUUAGAGAAGAGGUGCACUGACAAUGCGGACGUCUUUUGUGCUGUUGGUGUUGCUGGCUGCAGCGUCACAGACGGCAGCAAGUAAGUAACUUUAUCACGAUUAAAUACAAGAAGUUUCUCCAGUUUCAGACGUGAUUACAGGUGUUUUACUUUAAUGAGAGCUGACAGAGAAUUUCAGGGUCGAUGUGGGUGGCUGGUUAGAGAUCCUGAGCAGCAGGAACAUGUGAUCCUGAAGCUUCAAAUGGGAGUCGUUUUGACUUUUAAAAAGCUUUUCCAAGAGUGGUGCAGAAAAUAAAGUCAGUAAAGUGAGUAAAGAAGGCAAAUUAUUGAUGCUACAAUGCAGAAAUCAACCAAACAAGCAACAGACGGACACAAAAUUGACUGUUUUCAGUUAAAGCACCAAAAGUCAAAGUACUAAUAAUGUUGGAGAGCUGCACCUGGAAGGAUAUUUGUGAUUUAGCAUCAUGUUUAAUGUAACUAAGGUGUUGCAUCGAAGUGCAAGAAGCAUUUUAAUGCAAAAUAUUCAUGAGAUAAUGCAUAAAGAGCUGUAAAAAUGGGUGACUUGAGCUGUGAAAUGCACAGUUAUUAAACGGUGUGAUAUUACUGUCAAAACUUCAGUUAUUGGAAAGUAUUUUCUUUUAAAAGUACUUGUAGAAAGUUAUGAUAAUGAUAAUAAUGAUGAUAAUGAUACAAUUUAUUUAUAAGCGCCUUUCUGGAGUUACAACAGCAGGAUAAAAUCAAUAGAGAAAACAAAACAAAGAAAGAAAGUAUAUAUAUGUAUGUAUAAAACAAACAAAAUCAUGUUAAAUUAUAAGGAGUGUGCCAAUCUGAACAGGUGGGUUUUGAGUCUGGAUUUAAAGAUAGUAAAUUACUCAAAAACCUAACUAUAACAGGCAGAAGUUUAUAUCAUGUCAUACUGCAGAGUUAUGAACAGAUGUCAUCAAAACGAGAUGUAUGCAGGUUCUUCCAGAUCAGGAAUUUCUGGUAAUUUGAUGCAACAAAACAAAAAACUACAAGAAGAGAGAGAAGAAAGUCUUAAAACAUGAUCUGUAGAUUAAAAACAUGUUUAAAAAGGAGGUUUCACAGUCUCUAAUCGAAGAAUAAAGAGCAACAACAGGUUAAUUUCUGAUGACAAGAGUCGAGCAGCGUCUGUCACCAGGCGACGGUAUGUGCUAAUGUGCUCAUUAUAGUGGAUUAAAAAAUGUCAAUGUGUCAUGUGCGGCCACAUUAAUCCAAACCAUGUGAGUAAAUGUAAAUCACGGUGGUCUUAUAGAGUCCUAAAGUGUCUGCUCCUAUAUCAGCUUAAAGUCCGUUUAUUUUAAAGAUCAGCUGAUGUGUCAGAGGAGUUUCAGUCGAGUGAUGCUGCCUUUAACUUAUCGACAGACUCCCGUUAUAAACACAUGCAGCUCAUAGAAACUGUUGUUUUUCUCCAUGUAAAGAAGUCCAGUUUUCCAUCACAUGUUCUGUUUUAUAAGAUCUGAGUUUUUUUUCUCGUGACCUCUUUAGCUAACCAUGCAUGAAUGUGAGGACUCAGAGAGAGACCCAUGUGAGGAAUAACCUGACCCUGUAUCUCAGUCCUUUGGUUUCUAAAGUCAAAGAAAAAGUCACGUCUUUAACGAAGUCUCUUUUAAUGAUGUUUAAAUCAUGUGUGUGAACAUUCAGAGUUAUGAAAGUAGAUAGAAAACAUGUGAAAUGUUUGAUGUUACACUGAGAAAUUAAACUGAUAUUCAUGAGCCUGCACUUAAAAGUCAGACUGAGCUGAUAAACUGCCACGUUAUAUCUAAUCCUAAUUCAGCCCUGUGACAGUUAAUCUGUGAUAGACUCAUGCAGACGCUCAGCUGAGGAUCACAUGAGGGGGAUUGGAGGGAUGACAGAGUUUGAUUUGCGGUCGUUUGGGCUUUUUGGGGAACUUCAGUCGUAUUUACAGAGUACGGACGUUACAUAUUUAAAUUCAUAACAAGUGAGUAGUAAAAAAGAGUUUGGCAGCUAUUCAGAAACUGUUGAAAAGUCAAAGUGUGCCAGUGCUUCGGGAUUAUGUACUUUGUGUUGUAUAAAAACUUUAUCCUCGUACUUUUCCAGAGCCCAAAAACCGCUUCACUCGCUACCCAUCAUGGAACAAUAAGAUGUACCCAGUCUGGAAAGAUGGAGACCCACGAUACAAGGAGGCCUGGAAAGGUCGGUCUGAUAAUGACAUAAUCAUAAAGAGACAGCUUCAUGUUUCAUUGAUCUAAAUAUCUUAAUGAACCUGAGUUUUUUUGUCUUUUUUCUUCACCUGUAGGCGGGAGAGUGACUUUCAACGUGGGGAACGAUUCACCAACUCUGACCGGAGCCAAAGUUACCUUCACCAUAGAGCUGGAGUUCCCCAAGACCCAGAAGGUGCUGCCGAACGGAGAAGUAGUCUGGGCUGAAGACGGCAUAGUCAACGGUAAGACGCCGAACGCAUGAACGAAGAAAAACGGUGAAACAUGGAGCCAUGAUGUCGGUUAGUUUCAACUGGAAUAUCCCAACGAUUAUCAACUGGAUUGGGGUGAAAUUUGGUGGAACCAUUUGUGAUCCAUCGAGGUAGAAACCUUUGAGCUUAGAUGGUCUCUGAGUUUACCUAUAGCGCCACCAUGAGGCUGAUGCGAUUACUGAAUUAAAUGUAUCAAAAACCAUGCUUCAAGGACUGGUUUCAGCUAACUUCAACAUGCUAAACGAAGCUGGUCAACCUUCUGCAAAUGAGUUAUUGUAGCUUGUUGUCUGGCCAUGCUUAAGUAUGUAAAAUAACUGAAUUUGAACCCAUCCGAACCCAUCUUCUGGUACUGACAGGUUGAAGGUAUGUGUGAUUUUGAACAGGAGGGUCAUUUUGGUCUGAAUGAAAAUGGCUCAAACUACAAGAACUUGCUGGAAAACCUAGAAUUAGACCCCAAUGGCUCAAAGAUUUGUCAAUAUUUCAUUCAAACCAACACUAAUACUAAACAUUUUUAUAUAAUUCUUUAAAUCAAGUAAGUCGAGUUGGGGUGACUAUGCUGACCUGAACUUUAGUCACUGUCUGGGUGCAGCAGUGAGGUGUUUUUGACACAUUUCGAGUUCAAUCCAAUGUCCAAUCCAAGGUUGUUGUUGAGUUAUAUAUUUUGCCAUUUAUUGAUUAAAUGAAAAACAAACAAAAGAAAAGACAGAUACGUCUAAUUUUCAAUGAUGUUUGUGAUGAGGAUGAGAGUGGUGUUGGAGAUUAGCAGUAAAAACCGUGCGCUCUUGCUGUUCCCGAGAUCACUGCUUCACCUGUGUCCCUUUUGUAGCAUUUACCUGAAGUGCCCCUUGUGAUGAUUGAGCAAGUAACAAGACAAAACCCCAAAAAUAAUUUAGAUAAAACGGCUCAUACUAGAGUUACUUUCUCACAUGCUUCUCUACAAUUCAAGAAAGAGUCUUUUACUCACAGUAUAUCCUCUAACAGCUGACUGAGCUGCAGACUCCUGCUUUCGUCUAAGUUUCUCUGUCAUGGCCUCGAACCCUCACACUUCUCCGCCUUGUGUGUCAGGAACCAAAUACCACGAGAACGAGCCAGUGUACCCGACUCCUGAUUCAGACUGGGAGGCUGUUUUCCCCGAUGGAAGCCCGAUUAAGAAGGACAAGAAGCCGGCCUAUGUGUUUGUCUGGAAAACUUGGGGUGAGUGGAGCUGUAGACCCUUAUCAAAUACCUCUUAAUUAUCUCAGUCACACGUUUUCUUAGGACCUGUGCCAGGGCGUGGAGUAUAACCGAGCGUGGAUUAGAUUUGAGCCUGAUCAGAAGGUUAGAUCGUGGCGCUUACAUCCGAUUUUUUUGACUGGAGCUUUUAUGUUUGAGGCACGAGGCUUCAGAUAUGUUCAAUUCGUGAAAUCAGUGACUGUACAUGGUAAUUGCUCUGAAGUUUAUAACUGUAAAACCAUCAUUUCACAAGUCUGCCCAAGCAUGCUGACAUCCCUGACCACAGUAGAGACCGACCGUUAUGAGUGCAAAGUGCGGUAAUUCACAGAUACGUGUCUUAUGUGUACUCGGUAAAGUGCGUCUCUUGUGUACUCACUGGUGUCUGCAGGUCAGUACUGGCAGGUGGCAGACGGACCCUCCUCCUCACUGACCAUCAGCACAGAUGACAUCCCCCUGGGCUCCUACGUCGUGGACAUUGUUAUCUACCACUUCAGGAGCAAGGAGAAGUUCAUUCCUCUUGGAUACGCCUCCACGCAGUUCUCCAUCACUGGUGUGUGAAACAAAAAUCUUCAUACUUCUAGAUAUCAUCGCUAUAUAAAGACGAACUGCAUCAGUAUUUGGUGUUUCUCCUCCAGAUCAAAUCCCCUUCGCCGUCUCCCUGGACCAAGUGAACGACAUCGUUGCCGGGGACAUGCGCUUCGUCCAGAACAGAGCCAUCGCCUUCACCAUCAGCCUCCACGACCCCAGCGGGUACCUCUGCAACGCGGACAUCACCUUCAACUGGGACUUCGGGGACGAGAGCGGAGCCCUCAUAUCCAGAGAGCUGACGGUCACCCACACCUACGUCAGCACCGGACACUUCAAACCCCAGGUGGUGAUCCAGGCCAUGAUCCCAGACAGAGCUUGUGACCCUGUAGAGAGUCCGACCAAGGCCCCGUCUCCGCCCGCUGAUCAGGGAACCACAGGUAAGACUCAGACGGUGAAGAGAGGAGUGUGAGGGUUUAUAAAAGAGCUUUAAAAACUCAUUAUAUCUCAAUUUAUUUAAGAAUUUAAGAUCCAUCAGAUAAUAAAUCAUAACAGACUUACAUGAAUCGGCAAUCUUCUUUGUGUGUCUGUGUGUGUUUGCAGUGAAAGCUCCUGCACUGAUGACCGCCGUCCCCUUAACGGUCACCACCAAGUCUGCCGGUCUGAGUGUCAACAUGGUCCCCUCAGACACGGAGGAAGACAACACCGAGGACGAGGCCUCCACCGCCUCCAACGCUCAGCCCGCUCAGGAAGCUCCUCCUGUGGCCAAGACUCCCACUCCCAGCAGCCAAGACCUGCCAGCUGACAGCGAGGCGCAGACGGGACUUGGAGCAGGUUAGUGAGCGUAAAUAAACUACAGUGAGUAAAAUCAGCAAAGAUGGAGAUACAGAGUUAUCAGCAGCUGAUUUCCUGACAUGUAAAACUUGGAUGAGGCACCGUCGUCGUUUGAAACAGGCGGAGCAGGUCGACUCGGACCGACUCCAGAUUUAAUCACAAUGUUGUGCUUCUUAAUUUGAAUUCAGAUUUGCAUGGUGACACAGUUUGGUUCAUCAUGAAUUUACAGGGAAGUGUUUAGAUUCUUGACUUUGACAAUAAAAGUGAAAAUAAGUGCCUUACUGUAUUUAAAGUAAUAUUAAAAUAUUUGUCAAAAUUUGAUCCAAAUAUCAUCAAACAAAAAAAAGUUACCUGCUUGUUAAAGUGAGCUUGGAAAAAUAACCUAAAAAAUAAUGACUGUAUAAAAAUAAAAACUGUUAUAAUUAAAAUAAAUUAGUAAAAUAUUUUUUAAAUAAAUAAAAUUAAUUAUAAAAAAUAAAUAAAAAUAUAAAAAAUAAAUUAAAUAAAAUAGUUAUAAUACUAAUAAUAAUAAUAUAAUUUUUGAAUUUCCCUCUGGGAUUGAUACAGUAUCUAUCUAUCUAUCUAUCUAUCUAAUAAAUAAUAAAAUAAAUAAUAAUUAAGUAAUAUUAAAUAAAUUAUUAUUUAAUAUUAAAUACAUAAUUAAAUAAAUAAUGAAUAAUUGAUAUAAAACAAAUAUUUAUUUAAAAUUAAAUACAUAAUUAAAUAAAUAUUUGUUAAAUAAAUAAUUAAAUAAUAUAAUAAAAUAAAUAAUAAAGUUAUUAUAAUAAACUGUUAUUAACUCUCAGGGUUGGAUAGGCUGGUACUUUCUCCAUUUCUUCUCAAUUUUACACUUUCCUUUGUCCUGAAAUGUGCAGCAGUAAAAUAUAUUUCUUUUCUCUUCAUCCAUAAUAGAAAUGUAAAAAAUAAACUCAAUUUCCCCUGAUUUUGUCCUGUUGUUGUUUAAUUUCAGUGGGUGAAAAGCGUCCACUGAUCCUGACCGGUCACGCUCAGGUGGUCCUGGUAGCUAAGAGGGACGUUGCGGACAAACCCGCUGAUGAUGACUGUGUGAUUUACCGUUACGGCUCCUUCUGCACCGGCAUCGAGGUUUGCGGUGAGUCACUUUUCACCGACUCCUUCAGAAUUUAAUCAUCGUAAAAUUCAGAUGAUGGUCAGUCUAAAUCCUGACCUCUCGUCUUUGUUCUCAGAGGGUAUUGAGAAAGUAGAGAUAGUUCAAAUGAGCAACGCCCUGAUGGUGACUCCUCAGCUGGACAAGAAUGUUCUGGAUAUCACCGUAACCUGCCAGGGAAGGUGAAUCCUCUCGUCUUUAUCGGAGAAUCCAAACUCACAUCUUUGUUCAUCUUCAUUUUGACUCACUGGACUCUCUGUUUUCUCAGCCUUCCUAAAGAGGUGUGCAGUGUGAUUCUGGAUGCACAGUGCUUGAAGCCCAUUCACACCGUCUGCAACAUGGUGGAGCCAUCUGCAGACUGCCAGCUGGUUCUGCGCCACUUCUUCAACGACUCCGGUGUCUACUGCAUCAACGUGUCCAUGGCUAACGAUGUGAGCUUGGCUGUCACCAGCGCCAAAGUCAACGUGGACAUGGGUAUGCAGGAAAACCUCAAUGAUUCACAUGACAAAUGCGUGUAGUUGGUGUGAUGUCUGCUCACAAACAGUUUUUUGUCUGUUUCAGCUUCAGACCUGUCUUCUUCUGGCACCAUUGCGAUGGUUUUGGGGGUCCUGUUCCUGGUUCUAGCAGUGGGAGUAGUGGCAUAUUCUUACAAGUAAGAAGCACCAGUUUUCUCUUAUUAUACCACAUCUUUACUUUGGUUAGGCCUGAGCGAUAUGGGGAAAUGUUUAUCAUGGUAUAUUUUUUUGGUCGCAUGUCUUUUGCAAUACAAUAAUCUCCUGCAUCUGUGAGGUCUUUGUGUCUCUUUGACGUUUUGUCGUAAGGCGUUGCGCGAGAGAGUCUGCCAAAACAUGUCAGAAUGCCUGUUAUUAAAAAGGAUAUUGACCAUGUUCUCUAUUGAUAUUGAAGGAAAUUAAUUUUCGACAUAUAUCGUUAUUGUUUUGUCGCCCAGCCCUACAUCUGGUGUUGAAUUAAUACAUGCGUUUCUUUUCAACAGACGCUUCAAGUCCUACGAUCCCCUGAAGGAAGACAUGCUCGCGUCCGCCAUCCAGCAGCCGGGCCGGGCUCACAGCUGCUCCGGGGCCUCGAUGUUCUGGAACCUUCUGAACAGACGGGGAGCCGUGGAUAACUGCCCUCUGCUGCAGGAGAGGCCGGUGUGAACCCUCACCAACAUCACACAAUCCAAAUGCAAAAACCAGACCUUUGCAAACUUGUCAGUAAAACAAACAACUGACAACUUUUUAUACUUUUUUUUUCUACUUUUUUCUACAACCAACUUCAUGAGUGUGUAAUAUUUGAAUCAAUUCAGUUCAAUCGAUAAUUUUGCAGGAAUCACAUCUUAGACAUGCUCUGAUCUUUUGUACCAACGACUGAAGAAAAUCUGGUAGAAAAAAAUGUUUUUGUUUGGAAAAAAAAAACUGAAUCUGAAUGUUUUUCCAAUAAACUUGGCUUAGUAAAGUUGUGUCUUCUAGUUUUAUUGUAACUCAUCCUAAAUCUUACAGUUCAGCUUCAGAAGUGUUUAAUAAGUGAAAAUGUUUCUAUAUCUAAUCACAUUAUACAAGUUACUCUAAAACAGCCAUUAACCCUCCUUGUCACUUAUUUCCAUCGUCAACAUGCUAAUUUAAGAGGUUAUUAAUAGUCUCUCUGACUCUUAGCAUUCAUUUUUUGCUGUUUGCAUCAAUAAGAAUUGAAUUUUUUUUGUAUUACAGGCUCAAACCAGAUAAUAUGAUGGGAUGACUAAAGAUUCAGAAGUCAAAUAUUUUGUAUUUAGAAAAGAAAAACAAAGACAAAUCAGCUCACAGGUGACAGGAAUUUUAUUUGAACGAGCCAAACUUGACAAUUUCAGUUUUUUUUAGGUCUGAACAGCCAAGCUUGAACUUGGCACACAAACAUUUCUGCUGGUAAUGCAUUCAAGAACACAUUGCAAUCAACUAUUUCCUGUUAAACUAAUGCCUUUCUGCUCUUUUUAAUACUCCUCUCCUUCCUCUUCUCCCUCCCCCUCAAUGGAGUCGACUCCCACCUCCUCAUAAUCCUUCUCCAGAGCUGCCAUGUCCUCUCUGGCCUCGGAGAACUCACCCUCCUCCAUACCCUCACCCACGUACCAGUGAACAAAGGCACGCUUAGCAUACAUCAGGUCAAACUUGUGGUCCAGACGGGCCCAGGCCUCUGCAAUAGCAGUGGUGUUGCUCAGCAUGCACACGGCCCUCUGGACCUUGGCCAGGUCACCACCAGGAACCACAGUGGGAGGCUGGUAGUUGAUGCCAACCUUAAAACCAGUGGGGCACCAGUCCACAAACUGGAUGGUGCGCUUGGUCUUGAUGGUGGCGAUGGCGGCGUUUACAUCUUUGGGCACCACGUCACCACGGAACAAAAGGCAGCAGGCCAUGUACUUGCCAUGGCGAGGGUCGCAUUUGACCAUCUGAUUGGCUGGCUCAAAACAGGCGUUGGUGAUCUCAGCCACAGAGAGCUGCUCAUGGUAAGCUUUCUCAGCUGAGAUGACAGGGGCGUAGGUGGCCAGAGGGAAGUGGAUACGGGGAUAUGGCACCAAGUUGGUCUGGAACUCUGUCAGAUCAACAUUGAGGGCACCAUCAAAACGCAGAGACGCAGUGAUGGAGGACACGAUCUGACUGAUCAACCUGUUCAAGUUAGUGUAAGUGGGACGCUCGAUAUCGAGGUUUCUACGACAGAUAUCGUAGAUGGCCUCGUUGUCUACCAUGAAGGCACAGUCAGAGUGCUCCAGGGUGGUGUGAGUGGUCAGGAUGGAGUUGUAGGGCUCCACCACAGCAGUGGACACCUGGGGAGCUGGGUAGAUGGAGAACUCCAGCUUGGACUUCUUGCCGUAGUCGACAGACAGACGCUCCAUCAGCAGGGAGGUGAAACCAGAGCCGGUACCACCUCCAAAGCUGUGGAAGACCAGGAAGCCCUGAAGGCCAGUGCACUGAUCAGCCUGAGGACACAGAGAGAGAGAGAUAGUGAGCACAGAUAAAAGGUGAGUUAUAUAAUCUUACUGAAUGUCACUUCUGAUUUCAAGUUACCAGUUUGCGGAUCCUGUCCAGCACCAGGUCGAUGAUCUCUUUGCCGAUGGUGUAGUGUCCACGGGCGUAGUUGUUGGCAGCAUCCUCCUUUCCAGUGAUCAGCUGCUCUGGGUGGAACAGCUGGCGGUAGGUCCCAGUGCGAACCUCAUCUAAAAAUCAAAUAAAACAUUAAUUAGUUACCUCCUGAUAUUUCACCUUUAUUUGUCUUAUUUCCAAACUAAUUUCCAAAUGACUCACCGAUCACAGUGGGCUCCAGGUCUACAAAAACAGCUCUGGGGACGUGCUUUCCUGCUCCAGUCUCACUGAAGAAGGUGUUGAAGGAAUCAUCUCCUCCUCCCAGUGUCUUGUCACUGGGCAUCUGUCCAUCCGGCUGGAUCCCAUGUUCAAGGCAGUAGAGCUCCCAGCAGGCAUUGCCGAUCUGGACGCCAGCCUGUCCAACGUGGAUGGAGAUACACUCACGCUGGAAGAAGAGGAGAAAGAGGUAAUUAUCAUCCACCUGUGUUCAUUUUCUUUCAAGUCUUAGCAUGUUAGCUCUAACAUGAAUGCCUCUUGAAAUGGGGGAAGCAGUGCAGCAGGAGGCACCUCCCUCCCUGCACCACAAUCUGCAGGGGGGGACAAAAAUGUCUGACAGCGGCCCCCACAGAGGCAGGACGCUGCUCUCCUCUUUCCUCUUGUCUCUCCUUGUCUUUUCAUCCCACACUCUCCCUUUUUUUCUGCAAGCUCGAGCACGAAUGCAAAUUCAGUUGCGCAUGCACAUCAGCAAUCUGGAACCUUCCACUUGGAGGAAGUACGAUUUGCCCUUUGGAAAAAUCUGAUAUAUCACUGCACAGGAUAGUAUUUUGCAUAUGAUUAAAAUCGAUUUAUCAUCUGAAAUUAAAUCUAAUCAGAUUAGAAUGAACACUUUGCAUACAAGGAAACGUUAUAACAGAAGUUAACGUCUGAAUUUUUAAUCCAUGAUGUGAUUAAACAUUUAUUUGCUCCUGAAUCUAAUGAAUUAAAAAUGAUACCUGCAGUCUCCAUCAUCCAUCCAUCCCCACCCAAGCUGCCCCUCCCCGCCUUCAUACAGGGUAGGGCAUAUAUGCAAGGUGCCUAUUUUUGUGUAUUGACGCGUUAAAAAUGAUCAAAAAUGAAAAAAGACUUUAAAAUGUUGAUACUUUCAGAGAUAGGAGAGAGUUAUCUUUCUGAAUUACUGUUACUUGAGCCGUUAAACCGAAUUACGCCAUUCAGUGCAUUGUUCUCAUCAGUACACAAUGACAGUCACACCGUGCCAAUACUGCAGAACAAUGUACCCUUAGAAAACAACAUAAACACCUUAAAUUUGAUCAGAAUACCUCUCAAAUUGAAUAAAAACCCUUUAAAUUCGUCUGAAUAUCGCGAAAUCCAUCAAACCGUUGAUGGAAAAAAACCGCUAAACGACGUCGCGUAACGGCAGAAAACACCGGCUCGACACCCCCAAAUGUCACUUUAACGUCCCCAAAAUCAUCCAAAACCACUCCGAGUGAAAGAGGAAAUUCAACUUACCAUGUUUUCGUUUGAGGUUAGAGGAGAAAGAGGAGAAAAUAUGAAGAAAAAGGCUUAUUAAAAGCGAGGGGGGUUUGCGUCGCGUGUUGUACCCAACGGGGUCGAUGCAACAACUGCUGAAUGGGAGGGCGGUGCUUCCAGAUUUAUACAGCAGGGCAGGGAUUUGCUUCUGUGCACCGAGGAGGAGGAAAAAAAACCUCUACUACCAGCAUUUUUCACUGCUGUUUAUACUCCAAAUAUAACAAAGAGAUACUGCAAAACCUCCUCUACAUUAAAACAAUGUUAGUGCAUAUCGGGGCUUUGAGGAGAAACAAGUGGAAAGCAUUUUAACAGCAGGUGUAAAGGAGGAAAUUUGUGCAUCUAAUCAAUAGAGGGUGAAAAAUUCUGCAUAGGAUCAAUAUAAAUGUAUAAACAACCUACUAAAUUAAAUUCCAACAUUGCAUUGGAUUGGGAAUUUAAUUUUUAUAUUCAUGUUAUGAAGCUUUGAGACUUGUUGCAACAUCGUAUUACCAAUCUUUAAUUGUGUGUUCAGAUUUAAAGCUAUUAUAAAGCCAAUAAACAGACCCUGAAGACAAAGCUCAUUCAUUAUGCAUGCAGAGGAAUAAGAAAAGCCUGCAGCAUCCAUUAUAAAGGUGUGGCAGGCCGCAAAUCAAUACAAAGGCUUGCAGAGAUAUUCUGGUCUAUACAAAUGUUUAAAUUAGAUUUUUUGAAUGGGCUAAGUGCAGCUGGUGUAUAAUCAAUGAUGCGAAAUGGCUGAAAGCUUCUGCUGCACAAGAUGCUCCCAUCAGUCUAGUGUCCAUGUUGCAGCUUCAGCCCCUGCCAUGAUGGUGAACGCCCGGCAUGCCAGCUCUCUCUCCAGCUCUCUCCUCCCUCUUUGUCCUAGAUUCUCUGCAAUGAUGUCAUUCAGUGGGGCGAUCACGUGGCUGCAUGUCUGCCUGUCUCUGAGUGCCUCUGCUGUUCAGCUGCACUGAAGGCUGGGUGUGUUUCCUCUGCUGCUGUCUUGUUUGAGGAACUGAAAAUUGGCCGAACUGACCGCAGUCAUACAGAGGCCAUUUUCCACUGAUGUAACAAACACAAACACACACACACAGAAAAAAAAGCUGAAACAGCGCUCGAGUGUUUCACUGCUGUGCUCCAGGUUUGCGGUUGAAUUAAGCAUAAGGAGCUAUUUGCCCUUUUAGUCGUUAAUAGGCAGCUCAACCUCCAACCCACCUAUAAGAGAGUGUAUCAAGUACCUAAGAGGGGAGCUCAAGAUCACCUUAAGGGUCAGCCAAAGUCGCCAGUUGAUGACUUUAUUAUUUUAUGGAGUCCUGGGCAGAAAAAUUUGUGAACCUGUGUUCUUGUUAGAAUUUUUAAAACCGUUUUAGGACUUAGAAAUCAUGAGAACAAGUCACCUUAAGCAACCUCUGACUUCCUGUGGCAUAACCCACCCAUUUUAUCUCUCUGGAAACACCGGGGGGUAACCCCACUCUCCCGGGCCUGGUUCCCCAGAAAUCGCUUCAGGGUCUCACUUGUGCCACAAGUGUGUUUCGAACCAGGAGCCGGUUUCCGACCAAACCACAUGGCUCGCGUAAGAGUGUUAGUUGUCUAUCACGCUGCGCCACCGGAUACCAUCCACAGUUGGGGUUGAGCUCUGCGUGCUUUUAUCUUGGUACUUCGGCUCCUCCUGGACUUUAAAAUUGGUCCUGAACGAGGUUCGAACCCAUGACCUCAGGAGUCCUAGUGAUUCUCCUUAUCCCUGAGCCAUGUGAACACACAAGACAAUCCUGUUUUUUUUUUUCAUAUAUCACUGUCCUUUGUGGACUCUAGACUUUAAAAUUCACCUAGAACUGAGCAAAGUAAGACUCGAACCUACAACCUCAGGAGUCCCAGUCAGUGUUUUUAUCCUCUGUGCCACUCUGACAAACAGGAGUCUUCUGUUUAUUCCCUCUUUCACUGUCCUUUGUAAACACAGUGUGUUUGUGUGUGUUUUAUUUAUAAACUUGUCUUGUUGGCUUCGCUCUUCAGGGUCCUUCAGGAAAGUAGUUUUGGUUCAAGGGUCUAGGAAGGUGGUAGGAAGGCAACUCCACAGUCUGCUGUUUCCCAGAGGGGACUUUUUUUAUUUACAGUCAAGUCACAUAUAUAGGUUCAGUUAGAAAAUACAAACUUUUCCCAAGAUCAAACAAAAUGAGUCUCAAUUGAAAUUACACAAGGGCACAUCUUCCGCCCUUGGAAGAUUCCUCCUUUAAACAUCAAGAAAAUGUGUGAGUAUUUGUCUGGUUUGGGACACUCUGACCUUGAACACAGCAGCACAACAUUAUGACUGUGUUUUAGGUUUCCACCAGGGUAUAGGUGAAUGACUGCCGUGUAAAUUGCAGUUUAUGUGGCACUAACAUUGGCUUAGGACCUUAUUUACAGUGUGGUUUGCCAGUCACAGCAUUAAUUUCCUGCCCUGAAAUUCUAUAGAGGGCAGAAACCAAAAUAGAGGUUUGUAUGGAGCGUCAAUUCUCAGACUGGAAAAAUCACAGAAUUUCCGUUUUUUGACGUAAAACCUACAUUAUUGUAAAUGAUAACAUCAUUUAACAAACGGGGCAGUCUGGAUACAGGAUUUACGACUGGCUUUUUGUGGUUGUUGUACUUCAUGUGAAAGGCAGGGGAUGAAAGAGAGAGACAGGAAGCAGCCAUGGCUCCCUGCCAGGACUUCUUCAGAGAACAUUCUCCAUAAUCCUCCCCCCUCCCUCCCUCCCUCCCUCCUUUGCAUCUCCUCCUCCAGCAGCUGUGAGACAGAGAGGCUUUGAGCAGCUGCGCACCAAGAGGAGAGAGGGAGGACGGAUGGGAAUGCAAGAGAUGGGAGUGGUCCUUCAUGGUAUGAAACUGAGUGUGCUGCAUCCUGCGAGGAGAGAAUUUGAUACCCAACACAGUGACAGAGCAUGUUUUCCAUCUGUCACAGCGGAGUCCCCAUACUGUCAGAUAAAAGAAUAAGGUUUGAGCGAAACAAAGACAACAUGUUGUGAAUGUAUAUUUAGGUGGGGUAGAAACUUAAGCCAACUAAAGCCAGGUCAGAAUAAAAGGAACUGAGUCAUCACAAAUUAGCUGCGUCCAUUUUAAAAGAAGCACAGACGUAUGCGACAAUUUACUCAAAAUCAAGAUGUUAGAGCUGACUAAUAAGUGUUUCUUUAUACACUCAUAGUGAUAAAAAGGAGAAGCACAGAGGAGACAAAUAUCAGAGAGAAAGUAGAAGCAUGCAGGAAAAGGAAAUAAGUCAUUAUGGGACACCAGAAUCCCAGAAUCAGAGAUAAAAACAGGCAACUCAACAUGAAGAUAAACAUGAGAGCUGGUAAAUAUAUUUGAAUGAUUUAGUCAGUUUCCAAAAACAUCUAAUGUAUCAAACAAUAAAUAAAUAUAUAUUUUAAAUUUUAAGGACAUUUUGAUUUUUUUGUUUCUUCAGAAGUAAGUGAAAUAAACAUUUCAGCUCCCAAAAAAAGUGAGUUUUCUGGCCAUAAUUUGUGGUUUCAGGCAUUAAAGGGAUAAUCAUGGCUUAUAGUCAACAUAAAGAUUAAAGAUAUUUUGCAUUGUUGUUUAUGAAUCAGCUGCUCUGGUGAGAGAAAUCCCAGACAGAAGGACCUCAGACAUUAUUUUACUAGAAAACUGGAAUAAAAAUACUGAUGAUCACUACAGCUUUACAGUGAAAAUUAAUAAAAUGAUGCAGCAGGUACCAGCCUGCAGAAACAGAUCUGUGUCUCUUGCCCUUGCAUGUCAGAAUCUAUGUUGUUUUAAGCAGCCUGACAUUCAAGAAGCUUCAUUCCUGAACACAGUUGUUGUCAUAGAGUUUUUUUCUGUUGUUAGCAACCGAGCUGCUUAACCGUCUGUCAGGUUGCUGGGUUAUUCAUAGACUCACUGAGGAAUUAUUUAAGGCCUUUGUCAGUAAACUUUAAAGUCUGAGACCGGCAAACAGAGCUGCUACACACAUCCAGUUACAUUACUGUCUGAAUGCCCUUGUAUGUGAACAACUGCCUUGAUGUAUUGUGUGUGAACACAAGAGCUGACCCACAUCGGUGCAUCUCUGUGCCGCAGAGCCACACCCCAUCAACCUCAUGAUUGUCUUUUUUUCAGGCAUCAGUUUUAUGAGAGAAGGACACCAGCACAUGUAGGCGAGAGCAAGUGUGAUUCCUCGCUGUCACAGAGCUGCACGGUGGAAAGAUUUUGGAAAGAGGAGGCUGAGGCGCCUAAAAUCCCCCACAGAGGCAGCUGCUCUGCAGCCCGCUAAUGCUGCCAUUUAAGCUAGGUCACAUGACCACCAGAUAAAGGCGGUCUAUGAGGAUACUAGGCUGUAUCCAGGCAACUCCGUUAUUCAUUUCCUAGCAACGGUUAAAUCUUGGGAGGAGGCCUGGGGGUUGGGCGUCUGUUGCUCUCUGCAGCCUACAUGUCUCUCAUAUAUGACUGGGCACACUGACCUCUUUAAUCUUCAGUAGACUUAGGAUAACGUGAAAAUACAAGAAGUAAACUCUAAGAUACCACUGCUCAGAACAACCCACAAGUAUUACACAGGCUGUAGGCCUGUAAGAGUACAUUUUAAAGAGACUUUUGUAUGCUUGGAAAACUUUGUUGUAACAGGUGCAGGAAAGAUAUGUGUGUGUGUGUGUGUUGGGAGGGUUG